UAGAUUUCGAAAUUGAGCAUGAUCCCGGUGGUCUGCGUGAUGGAAUGGAUUCUCCAUAACAAGCAUUACUCCAAAGAAGUGAAAGCCUCCGUCAUGGUUGUAGUUAUAGGCGUGGGAAUUUGUACUGUCACCGAUGUGAAGGUUAACGCCAAAGGCUUCAUCUGUGCUUGCGUAGCUGUGUUCUCCACAUCUCUGCAGCAGAUUUCGAUAGGUUCUCUCCAGAAGAAAUACUCAAUCGGAUCUUUCGAGUUGCUGAGCAAGACAGCUCCGAUCCAAGCCCUUUCACUCCUCAUCCUCGGCCCUUUUAUCGACUAUUCCCUGAGCGGAAAAUUCAUAACUACGUAUAAGAUGACUUAUGGUGCUAUUGUUUGCAUUCUUGUUUCUUGCUCGUUGGCCGUCUUCUGUAACGUAAGCCAAUACCUUUGCAUCGGGAGAUUCUCGGCUGUCUCGUUCCAGGUUCUGGGUCACAUGAAAACAGUAUGUGUCCUGACGUUGGGAUGGCUUCUGUUCGACUCGGAGAUGACACCGAAGAACAUAACAGGGAUGGUUCUUGCCGUGGUGGGGAUGGUGGUUUACAGUUGGGCGGUCGAGGUGGAGAAAAAGAGGAACGCAAAGGCGAUGCCGCGGCCGCACGGGAAGAACAAGAACAGCAUGACAGAAGAUGAGAUUAUGAUGUUCAAGGAAGGAUUAGAGCAUAUAGAUUUGAAAGAUGUUGAGUUUGGUCUUGGUGGUGAGACCAAAGCUUAAGUAAGAGAAGCUCUUCUUUCAAGUUAUGUUUUGUAUCCUUUGUUAUUUUUUUUUCCUUUUUGGGGGUAUUUUCAAUUCAUUACACACAUGGUUCA